UUCGUCUAGUUUAUUCUUUAAUUUAUUCAGCCAAAAACAUUCUUAAAUUUCUCCCCCAUCCCGUCCGCUUCUUCUCCACCCAUCCACCGCCGCCACCUCCACUGCCUUCGCCACAGCCGCGUCAGUUGCAAACCCGGUUAAUUACCGGCGAAACUCGCCCAUCUGGGAAGUAGAUCAGAUCAGGAAGGUUAGAUCUUUUGGGGGAUGGGACAUCUUUUCAUUAGCUGUUGCCAACCACUUUAACUAUGGCCGAACUUAUUAUCGGGAACGUUGUGGAAUCCAUCACCGGAGAUCUCCUUUCCGUCAUCUCCGAGGAGAUCAGACUAGCUCGUGUUGUCAAAGUUGAGCUCCGGAAAUUCCAGCAGACUGUCUCUAUUAUUGGUAUCGUGCUUCGUGAGGCUGGGAAGAGACAAAUCGAGGAUGAGAACGUGAAUCAUUGGCUCAUGGAGCUUAUCGACGUGAUUUACGAUGCUGAUGACCUGCUGGGUGACUUCUCUACUGAAGUUUUGCGUCGUCGGAUAGUGAUGGGAGGAGGAGGUAACCGGAUCCUCAGUGAAGUGAGCAUAUUCUUCUCCUCUUCUAACCAGCUUGUUCAUCAAUUUAAGAUGGCUCAUCGACUUAAGAAGAUGAGGGAGAGGAUUGAUGCUAUUUCACAUGAUAGGUCCCUCUUUCGGAUCGGGGGAUACAAUGAUCUUAUUGGGAGUUUGGUGGAGAACCAGGUCAGGCCAGAAACUUCUCCGUACGAGCGUUGGCCAUAUGUGAUUGGAAGAGAUAAGGACAAGAAUGAAAUCAUUGAAUUCUUACUUAAUACUGAUUUUGAUGAAAAUGUCACCGUCCUCCCAAUAGUGGGUAUUGGUGGCCUAGGGAAAACAACAUUGGCAAGACUCGUAUUCAACGAUAAGAGCGUGAAGGAAUACUUCGAGUUGAAGCUCUGGGUUUGUGUCUCAACCUAUUUUGACGUGCAGAAUAUUCUGAGGAAGAUAUUACGAGAAUGCAUUGCUAGUGAGGAACUAAAUGCAAAUCUCGACAUGCAUGAAUUGCAGGAAAAGCUUGGAGAAGAGCUCCAUGGAAAGAAGUUUCUGCUUGUGUUAGAUGAUGUGUGGAAUGAGAAUCCGCGUGAGUGGUUGAAACUUCACAGACUUCUUCAAAAUGGCACAAAAGGAAGUAAGAUAUUGGUGACCACACGUACUCCUCGAGUGGCCAGAACUAUGACGGAUGCAUUGCAUGAAUUAAGUGGCUUAUCCGAGGAGGAAUCACUGUCCCUGCUAAAGCGAAUUACAAGGAAGGAAGCACUUGAGUGGAGGAAUCAAAAUUUAGAAAUGGUCGCAAAAGAAAUCCUAAAGAAAUGUGCAGGUGUUCCCCUUGCGAUUAUGACGAUCGGGUGACUGCUAUUAUUCUCGAGAAAUGCCAAAGAAGAUUGGCCGAAAUUCAAGAAUAUUGAUCUAUGGAGAAUAAACCAAGAGGAAGGUGAUAUCAUGCCAUCGCUUAAGAUGAGCUACGGUUUUCUGCCAUCACAUCUGAAACGGUGCUUUUCUUAUUGCAGCUUGUUUCCGAAAGACUAUGUGUUGGAGCCGCGUGAGCUUGUUCAUCUUUGGAUGGCACAGGGAUAUGUCAAUCCCUUAGGCAGUAAGAGAACAAUUGAAGAAGCUGGUCAAGAUCAUUUCAUGGAGCUGCUUUCGAGAGGCUUUUU